CUGCCCUGUCCUGCCCCGGGCGCCUCCGGCCCGGGCGGGAGUGACUCAUGCUUGGGGCCGCGCUGGCUCCCGGGCAGCAGCUCCGUCCCUGCUGGCACCGGCGGAAAUCCUGCGGAAGCGGCGCUGGCCGCCGGUUUUGGUGAACCCGCGGCGGCUGCGAGGCCCCGAGCCCCCCGCCGAGAUGGAGCCAAGCGCCGCCGGCGGGGCCGGGGCGUCCCCAGGAGCUUGGCCCGCGCCCCGUCCUCGCUUCCUCCCCAAACGGGAGCGUUCCCGGGGCAGGGGCGCGGCGGCAUUCGCCAGCCCGGAGCCCGGCUCGAGUCCAGGCCGCCCUUCUGAGGUGGGAGGCCGCGGCGGAGCUGGGCUGCCCUUGCAGAGGGACAGUUAAUGGCAGCGGGGGCCUGCGGGGACCGCUCCGGGUGUCAGGAGGGGCUGAGGAAAAGGCUCGGAGGCGCAGAGAAUUGGGCACCACAUAGAGGCGGAUGAGGACAAAACUUGGGAGGGUUUUAAAACCCAAGAGGAUAAUAUUGAACUGCACUUGGACCACAGGCCCAAAUUAUUAUGUAAUUUGUUUCUCCUCUUCCCACACUUUGCAUUCCCCCGGUGACAAAAUCACCUUGCCGCUCUCCCGGGCCGCAUUAGGACGCGGUCUCUAACGGUGUAACAAAUAUCCGUGCCGUAAAACACUGCGAGGACCCGCCGUAUCACGGUGUCUCGCUGCACCAUGAGGCACGCGGGCUUCUCCGCGGCUCGUGCGCCGCAGGAGGGAUCGAUCCCAGGCACAUUCCCGGCGGUGAAAGGCGAGAGCAUCGCGAUGGCUGCUGGAAGUGCUCCCACCUGGGGGGGGGAAGCUCUGCCUUAGAAACCUCCCUCCCUGCGCUGCUGUGCUCUCGCCAAAAGCGAACAUGUGGGUUUGCUCGGCUGGCACCGCGGCUGCAGGGCUGCCGAGCCGCAGCGCCCAGAGAAGCCGCUCCGCUAUCGGCUGCUAAAGUUAUCAGAAAGGCGGCGGUGUGGGGGACUGUGUCUGUCAUCUUUGUGUCACCGGAUCAGACGUUCCCAGCUAUCGUGAUCGACAGGCGAGGAGAAAUCCUCUCCAGAGAGAACGCGCCUAUUGACAGACACCUGCUGUCUCUCUCUUUCGUGGUGAAUUUAAAAUAAUGCCUGGUUCCAUCUUUCGAGUCUGAGCUGCUCCCUGCAAGGGGGGGACCCCCAGCCGGUGCCGCCGCACUUGCUGCCGUGGGGGUCUCGGGGACGAUGCUUGGGAAGCGCCGCUCGUCCCCACCGGCGCUCGGGCAGCGGCGGUCUGGCUUUUCCUGCGGCACAGCUCUGCCUCUGCUUGUCCGCUGCAGCACCGCGGUACCCCGGCACCGGGCUUCAUGUGAGAGAUGGCGAAUGCCGAAGUGAGCGUCCCCGUGGGUGAUGUGGUGGUUGUACCAAGUGAGGGAAACGAAGGGGAGAACCCGGAGGAUACCAAGACCCAAGUGAUCCUGCAGCUCCAGCCGGUGCAGCAAGGGAUUUACCAAGAGGGCUCGGAGGCCAGCGCCGCCGUGGUGGCUGUUGAAACGCACACCAUACACAAACUAGAAGAAGGGAUUGACCCCAGCGCCAUUGAGACAAACGAGGAGAUCGAGAUUGCCUAUCCCAUCACCUGCGGGGAGAGCAAAGCCAUCCUGCUUUGGAAGAAGUUCGUCUGUCCAGGAAUUAAUGUCAAGUGUGUAAAGUUCAACGACCAACUGAUCAGCCCGAAGCAUUUUGUUCACCUGGCUGGCAAGUCUACCCUAAAGGACUGGAAGAGAGCCAUUCGUCUUGGAGGAAUCAUGCUGAGGAAGAUGAUGGACUCGGGGCAAAUCGACUUCUACCAGCACGACAAAGUUUGCACCAACACCUGCCGAAGCACCAAGUUUGAUCUCCUGAUCAGCAGUGCCCGAGCACCGGUGCCAGGGCAGCAGAGCGUGGUGCAGACUCCCACCUCAGCUGACGGGAGCAUCACCCAGAUUGCGCUGUCGGAGGAGAGCAUGGAGGAGGGGAUCGAGUGGAACUCUGCUCUGACAGCUGCUGUCACCAUGGCCACUGAGGAAGGCAUGAAAAAGGACACGGAUGAGAUAUCGGAGGACACACUGAUGUUCUGGAAGGGAAUAGCUGAUGUGGGGCUGAUGGAAGAGGUCGUCUGCAACAUCCAGAAGGAGAUAGAAGAGGUGCUAAGAGGCGUUCAGCAAAGGCUGGGUCAGUCUCCCUUCCAAAUGACAGAUGCUGCAGUCUUGAAUAACGUUGCUCACACAUUUGGCCUAAUGGACACAGUCAAGAAGGUGUUGGACAACAGGAAAAACCAGACAGAGCAAGGAGAAGAGCAGUUUCUCUACACUCUGGCAGACCUGGAGCGCCAGCUGGAAGAGCAGAAGAAGCUCGCCAAGGACCAGAAGGCCAAGUCGCAGACCAUCCAGAACGUGGUGCUGAUGCCCGUCAGCGCUCCCAAGCCCCCCAAGAGACCGCGCCUGCAGCGCCCAGCCUCCGCCACUGUCAUCAGUCCCUCCACCCCCAUCCAGCAGCCUCAGUUCACGGUCAUCUCGCCCAUUGCUAUUGCACCCGUCGGACAGCAGUUCUCAGUGGGCAACAUCCCGGUGGCAACCAUUAGCCAGGGCUCCAGCCCGGUGACUGUUCAUACGUUGCCAACUGGCUCCCAGCUCUUCCGAUACGCCACCGUGGUGUCCUCCUCCAAGACCAGCUCCUCCGACACGGUGACCCUCCACCCGUCCUCCAGCCUGGCGCUGCUGAGCUCGGCGGCGAUGCAGGACAGCGGCGCCCUGGCCAACGUGGCGGCUGUGGUGAACCCCGUGGAGCUGGUGGCCAUGGAGUCCGGCCUCACCUCCACCAUCCAAGCCGUGGAGGGCACCUCGGACGACGGACAGACCAUCAUAGAGAUCGACCCGGCGCCGGAUCCGGAGGCGGAUACAGACGAUUCGGAGGGCAAAGCUGUGAUCCUGGAGACGGAGCUGAGGACUGAGGAGAAAGUGGUGGGAGAUGUGGAGGACCAUCAGCACCAGGUCCAUAACGUGGAGAUUGUGGUCUUGGAGGACUAGUAGGGAAGGCGAGCAUCAGUUUGGGGAAGAGUUGGGGAAUUUGUCUUAUUUUGGGUUUUUUUGUUAAACAUUUUUUCCAGCCACCCCAUUUGUUUCCAUGGAUAUUUUCAUUGUACAGUAUAUAAAAUAUAUAUAUAUUAUAUAUAUAAAUUUUUUUUUAAACAAAAAAGGUGGAGAAACACGCGAGACCUGGAAAAGGCUUGGUCUCCGUGGAGCACUGAACAAUACUGCCUGUUUGUAGGGUCAAGAAGAGACUGGAUCUCUGCUGGGCAACCCCCAGCAGGGAGGAACUGGGCAAGGGCUCCCAACGCCGAGGGCGCACGGUGGCACAGGCCACACGCAUGGUGCUUCUGACCCAGGCCUGCCCGUGGCCGGGACUAUUUUAUUUCAGAGAGACAGUAACCGGUGACUGGAGUGCUGACGUGAUUGUGGGAAGGGGGUGAUGGCUUUGGGGUGGAACAGGUACCUCAUUUGUAUUUUUAUUUUCCUCCAGGGAAGGAAAUUCUGUUGGACUCUUCACUGUCACCUCAGCUGGGAUUUUUUUUAUUAUUUUUGCUUUGGGGAAGAAAACAGUAACCGUGGCUUUACUGUCCAUGUUCUCCUCCUCCACACAAGUUGUUUUUAUAUGGAUAUUUUUUGUAUUUGUUUGCUCCCUUCCCUUGUCCAGAUUUGCCAGAUGCAAAGUCCUGGACUCGCUCUUGCUGGUCUUGGGUUCCCAAAUCCAAAUCCUGCCUCUUCCCACGGCACCUUUCCUCCUCCCCUUUCCCCACCUGGCCAGGCUCGGUGCUACAGACACUGUUUGGAGACUCCGAGACCACUUCAGCCUUGUACAUAAAGGCAAAAAAAAAAAAUCAACUCAAGCUUAAAACCACAGCCUCCCUCUUCGCUCUUCGGCGUAGCGCUGCGGGGACCUUUGGGAUGUACAAAGCAUGUCGUGCUGUUGCUUUUCGGGAGAGCUGGACUCCGGAUCGGGGCGCCUUCUGUUUACACUGUGUGCUGGGGCUGCUCCGUGCUCGUCGCUACUCGUUUGGUGGUUUUAUUUUUGUAUCUUCUUCUUUCUUCCUUUAAGCUCUUUGCAGGAUUAGAACCGGCUCGUUGCUGAAAUAACGCAGCCGCCCCUCCGGCCUCCCGCCGUCCCUCUGCCUUCGCGGGCGGCUCCCUCUGCGCUUGGCCGCGGCGGGAGGAGGGAAGGGGGGGCAUCGCCGGGCGCCGUCCGAGCUGCCGAGGUUUGGGAGGGCUGGGGGGGGGGAGCUGCUUGGCUGGGAAUAUUAAGCAAAACAACAGCAAAGGAAACGGACCUGGGGAUGGGGGUGGGGAGGGAGGAGGAAGAUGUGUUUGGCUAUUUUUUUGCAUUAAAAGGAAAAAUCGAACGA